GCGGCUGCGUCUGUCUGCAUGGCAACCGCCAGGCGUAAACUCGGUUUUGGGCAGUAAACAGCUUGAAUACUGAGUCAGUGUCAGGGAUUUGAACCUCUCCAGGCAGCGCGUGUCUGUCUGCGUGGGGUUGUUUUUUUCCACUUCAUCAUCUCCAACGUCACCCUCGUCGUCGACUCUGUGCUGAUUUUGCAGAGCCGGGAGCGGCGUGGAUGCGGCGUGUUGUUGGCGCAGACUGACAGCCUGCUGCGAGCUGCCUCCACACAUCUGUGAGAAUGACGGCGGAGGAGACGAUCAACGUCAAGGAGGUGGAGGUGAUCAAACUGAUCCUGGACUUCCUGAACUCCAGGAAGCUGCACAUCAGCAUGUUGGCCUUGGAGCGGGAGAGCGGCGUCAUAAAUGGACUGUACUCCGACGACAUGCUUUUCCUCAGACAGCUGAUCCUGGACGGUGAGUGGGACGAGGUGAUGCAGUUCAUUCAACCUCUAGAGGAAAUGGACAAGUUUGACAAGAAAAGGUUCCGCUACAUCAUCCUGAAGCAGAAGUUUUUGGAAGCGCUGUGUGUGAAUAACGCCAUGUCCACGGCUGAAGACCCUCAGAAUCUGGAGCUCACCAUGCAGGAGGCGGUCAAGUGUCUCAACAGUCUGGAGGAGCUCUGUCCGUCCAAAGACGACUACAGCAAGCUGUGUCUUCUCCUGACCCUGCCCCGUCUCACGCACCACGCAGAGUUCAAAGACUGGAACCCCAGCACUGCGCGUGUCCAUUGCUUCGAUGAAGCCUGCACCAUGGUCGCUGAGUUCAUCCCUGCAGACAGGAAGCUGAGUGAGGCGGGGUUUAGGGCGAGCGAAAACCGCCUCUUCCAGCUGCUGAUUAAAGGGAUACUUUACGAAUGUUGCGUGGAGUUCUGUCAGAGCAAAGCCACUGGUGAGGAAAUCACAGAGGGCGAGGUGCUGCUGGGCGUGGACCUGCUGUGUGGGAACGGCUACGAUGAACUGGACCUGUCGCUGCUCUCCUGGCUGCAGAACCUCACUGCAGGUGCCUUCUCGUGCGCCUUCCAGCAGCAGACCCUGAACAUUCAGGUGGACCGGCUGGUGAAGCCCAGCAAAGCGGGUCAUGCUGACCUCCUGACCCCGUUAAUCAACCGUCUGUCUCCUCGUCCUGCUUCACCCUAUAACCACAGGCCACACUCAGCCGAUACGUACAUGUCCAGGUCCCUCAAUCCAGCGCUGGACGGUCUGUCCCACGGUCUGGCAGCGCAGGAAAAAAGAGGCCUGGAGGCGAACAUAACGGCUGCUCUCUCUCGAAGUCUGGUGGAGAAUCACCAUCAGCAGGAUGAUUCACCUGAGAGGAAGCAGCCACAGAGGGCGGACGCUCCCAGCUCCACUCGUACACCUCUGACUCCGGGCAAGGAUGGCGGGCCGCCCUGCAGCACAGGAACAAAUGAGCGCCGUGACUCCACCGACCAAAUCCAGGAGUUUUACCGGCAGCGGCUCCGCGUGCAGCAACAUCUGGAACAGAAGCAGCAGCAGAAGCAGCUUUACCAGCAGAUGCUGCUUGAAGGUGGAGUGAAGCCACAAGACGCAGACCAACACAACCUGACGGAGACCUUCCUCAGCAGAUCGAUUCAGAAGUUGGAGGAAAUGAACGUGGGCAUCGACCACAGAGGAGAGGAUGUGAUGUCACACCUGGGCCAGCAGUGGAACGGACUGAUGGGAAACAACAGUGUCUCCAGUCCGCAGACAACCAGCAGCUGCAACACCCCGGAGACAGGUUUGCUGAGGGACAAACCGGGAGGUGUGACCAGCAGUACCCCUCUGAGGACCGGGAACCACAAGUUGCCCUCCCUGGGAGAGUCUCCUGUUCCUACCAGUCACAGUGCUGAGAGACUCCGAGCGUCCUGUCCCACCGUAAAAGAAGAUUCAGGCUGCACCGUGACACGGAGCCCACAGGAGCAGGCCAAGUCCAAAACACAGUUUGUCAAAGUGAAUCAGCUGGAGGACACGCAGGCAGUGAGAGCCGUGGCCUUUCAUCCGUCAGGUUCUCUCUACGCCGUCGGCUCCAACUCCAAAACCCUGAGAGUCUGCGCCUACCCUGAAAACCCAGUACCCAGCGGUUCUGCUGCGGUGAAGCAGCCCCUGGUGCGCUUCAGGAGGAACAAACAUCACAAAGGCUCCAUCUACUGCAUCGCCUGGAGUCACUGUGGACAACUGCUGGCCACUGGCUCCAACGACAAAUACGUCAAAGUCCUGCCGUUCAACGCAGACACGUGUAACGCCACAGGACCAGACCUGGAGUUCAGCAUGCACGACGGUACCAUCAGAGACCUGGCCUUCUUGGAAGGUCCUGAGAGCGGAGGGUCCAUCCUGAUCUCUGCCGGUGCCGGAGACUGCAACAUCUACACCACUGACUGUCAGAGGGGACAGGGACUACACGCCCUGAGUGGACACACUGGUCACAUUCUGACUCUCUACACCUGGGGAGGGUGGAUGAUCGCCUCUGGCUCUCAGGACAAGACGGUGCGUUUCUGGGACCUGCGUGUGCCCAGCUGUGUGAGGGUGGUGGGAACAACUCUGCACGGCUCAGGCAGUGCAGUGGCUUCGGUGGCCGUUGACCCCAGUGGUCGGCUGCUGGCCACCGGUCAGGAGGACAGCAGCUGUCUGUUGUAUGACAUCAGAGGAGGAAGAGUCGUGCAGACGUACCGGCCCCACGGCAGCGACGUCCGCUCCGUACGCUUCUCACCAGGAGCUCAUCACCUUCUGACUGGUUCCUAUGACAACAAGAUCAUCAUCAGUGACCUGCAAGGGGACCUCACCAAGCCCCUGCCCCAGACAUUGGCAGGAGAACACUUGGACAAGGUGAUCCAGUGCAGAUGGCAUCCACACGACCGCACCUUCCUCUCCUCGUCCGCGGACCGAACCGUCAUCCUAUGGACUGAAGGCCCCUGAGAGUUUAAAAUAAAAAAUAAAAACCUCAGAACAGCUGUGAGAACAAGUCCUUGAACCUGAGCCCUAGAGUUGGACCACGACCCACUCUACUAACUGAGCCACGGCCCUGAAGUGUAUGUGUGUGUGGCUGCGUCCUUAAUGGUCCAUAGUCCAUAGUUUUUAAUAGCAUUAAGAAAAAACAAAAAGUAAAUGUGUCACAACAGAGUCUGAAGUCAUCAGCCAAUCGUUUGCUCUGUAGCAGCACAUCAAUUCCUGGAACUUUUUUUGUGCCAGAUGUAAAAUAUUAAACUGAUCAAGUGUUUUUUUCCUAAUCUUCAAUUAUGGACCUGGUUUUUAAAAAAAGAAAAAGAAAAGAAAUGCUCACUAAAAAAUUCACAAAGCACAAGGUUCAAAUUUAGUUGACUAGUUUUGCCUGUAAUAAAUAUUAUUUUACAUCAGUAAAAAUUUUAAUUCAAUUUUAUAAGUGUUAAAUAAAAAGUCCAAAUCCAAAUAGAUACACAAAUAGACAACUCUGAAUGUGUGUGUGUGUGUGUGUGUCUGUGUUUAACACCUGUUUUAACUGUUGAAAGUCGUGCACAAAACCUAAACAGCACUGAAAAACCACUGAACACAGACGUCGGCAGUGUCACGUCAAGCACACUUUCUCUUUACUUUUCUCACGUUCUCCCUCUAACUCAGCCAUAGCUGGCUCUGCCCUCUGACCUCUGACCUUUAGAGCGAACCUAGUCCAGAAAGUGGACCUUGGAGUGACUCCAAGUAGAAAGGAGGGAGCCACCUUUAUUUAUGCAUAUCAUUACGUGCCUUUUUGUACCACUUUUUUUAAAAAGUUCAUGUAUUUAUUUGAUGCUUUAUCUUUUGUAUACACCGUGCCAUGUAUAACCUAUCAGACACUGAGCAUUGUAGCACACUUGAAUGAAUACAGUAUCAUUUUUCCCCACCCUGUGUUUUAGUGUCACUUAUAGUUAAAUCACUGUAGACUCACUGAUGCAGCAUGAUCACAGACGUGUCAGUGGAGAAGGACAAAAACAAAACAUCUAGUGCUUCUCCAGCAGCUCAUGAAAAAUGGAACAGAUUAGAACGUCUCAGAGAACAUCUCUGAUAGAGAACGAUGGAGUAACUGGAUGUUGGCUGAGUGAUGUUAGAACACAGGAUGUCGGGAGUGCACUUUAAAGGUAGAAAUGCUGCCGGAUUAGUGAAGACUGCACCGAUAUUCUAAUAUUUUUUACUUCUAUUCAUCUUUAUCCACAAAGAAGGGAGGGGGGGGGGUAUUAUGUGUUUUAAGAAAAUGUGCCUGAGUUCACCUAAGUAGACACUGUUGAAAUGUUAUAAAAAAAACUAAAUAACAUGUUUUUGCUUUUGAUGUAAAUAAAGUUAUUUUUAAUUUUGAGUCUGCUCAUCUGUUUCUUUCUUAUAUAAAGUUAUUAAUCUAUUGCAGGGAUUCCCAAAGUGUGGUGCGCGGUGCGCGAGCUGCGACUAGAGGGUGCGCGAGAUUUAGAAAAAAUAAGGUUUGGGGCGUUUUUUUUUUUAAAGUAGGAUUUUUUUACUGUUUUUCAUUAUAUUAACACUUGGUGACAUUUCAGUUUAAUUCAAAUGUGAAAGCACGUCGUUAUUGACGUGACUAUUCUGUUGUAUGGGUCUGGUCGUUGGAGCAUGACUAAACAUGCUGCCUCUAUAAGAAAGCCUGUUCCGUUGUUUCCAGCCACGGUGUGGGGUAUUGGAGGGGCGUCAACCCGGCUGGGAUAAAGAAGUGGGAUGUAUACGAGUCAUAGUACUUUGGCUCCCUCUAGUGGUAUGUGAAGGAAUCGGACUCACAUGAAGACGAGUUAGUUACUUAAAUACAACUGUAUUUUUGGUUGUAGCGUUGCUGUACAACUGUAGUGUGUCUGAUGAAUUCAAAUUUUUCAUCCAUAAGUCCUAGACAAAUGCAUAUAAAGGCCAACUUCCAAAGCAAAUUACUUUCAUUUAUUUUUCUAAUUAAGAAGGAAUUCAUCUUCUUUUUAGAAGAUUAAUUCCUGUCGACCUUCUUAUCACUGACAUGGACA